AUGUCUGUAGCAGUUUAUUUCUAUUCAGUGGGUGCGUGUUUGUUGCUUUCAAUCACCUAUGUUGCUAGCCUUUACAUUUGGAGCUCCAAUUACCCAAGAGAUCAUCCUUUAACAAUUAAAAGAAGAUUUUUUAGUGUAUUUAUCAUGAUGUUUAUAUCACCAAUGUUCUUGUAUGUAAUGGGUUCCGAAGAACUUUUUAAAAAAGCUACAAUUUGGGAACUACUCGGAUUCAGGACAGAUGGUAUUGUAAAUGCUUCAAUAAUACCACUUAUGUUAACAAUGGUCUUAUUCCUUGGACCCUUAUCAAUGAGUCAAUACAGCGGUUUUAAUGCCAGCGAAUACAUGAAUAAUUUUACAAAUUUGGUAUGGCUGCGAAAUCAUAUAGUAGCUCCAUUGUCUGAAGAAUUCACUUUUCGAGCUUGUAUGUUGCCGUUACUUCAGCAGUGCUUUGGAAGACUUGCGUCGAUUUUAAUAUGUCCAUUAUUUUUUGGAGUUGCACAUUAUCACCAUAUGCAAGAGAGAUUAAAAUCCGGGAUGUGUUUGAAGACUACAAUCAUCAUAUCUUCAUUCCAAUUUUUGUAUACAACAUUAUUUGGAGUUUACUCAGCUUAUUUAUUUGUGAGGACAGGACAUUUUGCAGCACCUUUUGUGGUGCAUGCCUUUUGCAACCACAUGGGAUUACCUAAUUUUGAGGAAGCUUUGUCUUAUAAAUCGCCAAAGAAGGAAAGAGUUUGUUCACUAUUUCUUAUUGGAUUGGUAAUAUGGGGAUUUCUUAUUGAACCAAUUACAAAACCGCACUUAUUUUCAAAUCAUUUGUACAAUUUAAAUUAUGAAGACAAUAGUAUUCAAUAA